CGUCACACGUCAUCGUGACUCGGAAAAAUAUUGUGCGGCCGAAAUUAUUGUGUUGGGUGCGCAUACAAGUGUUUUAUUAUUGAAUGUGGCUAAAAUAACUUAACAAAAUGACUCUCACCAAGAUGGAGGUGGAUUCGGGGAAAGGAGAAGGAUUUCGGCCAUACUACAUAACGAAGAUUGAAGAACUGCAACUGAUCGUGGCCGAGAAAUCUCAAAAUCUUCGUCGUCUGCAAGCCCAGCGAAAUGAGCUCAACGCUAAAGUUCGUAUGUUGCGUGAAGAGCUGCAGCUGCUGCAAGAACAGGGCUCCUACGUCGGCGAGGUGGUCAAACCCAUGGACAAGAAAAAGGUGCUAGUCAAGGUGCACCCCGAAGGUAAAUUCGUGGUAGACUUGGACAAGAACGUCGACAUCAAUGAUGUGACCGCCAACUGCCGCGUCGCGCUCCGCAACGAGAGCUACACGCUGCACAAGAUCCUUCCUAACAAAGUGGAUCCUCUAGUAUCCCUUAUGAUGGUUGAAAAAGUUCCUGAUUCUACUUACGAGAUGGUUGGAGGUCUAGACAAGCAGAUCAAAGAGAUUAAAGAGGUAAUCGAGCUUCCAGUCAAACAUCCUGAGCUGUUUGAUGCUCUAGGUAUUGCUCAGCCUAAGGGUGUCCUGCUCUAUGGUCCCCCUGGUACUGGUAAGACCCUCCUUGCUCGUGCCGUCGCUCACCACACUGAGUGCACCUUCAUCCGUGUCUCUGGUUCUGAGCUUGUGCAGAAAUUCAUUGGUGAAGGCAGUCGUAUGGUCAGAGAGCUCUUCGUCAUGGCUCGUGAACACGCUCCCUCUAUUAUCUUCAUGGAUGAAAUAGAUUCUAUUGGUUCCUCUCGUAUCGAGUCCGGCAGUGGUGGAGACUCUGAAGUACAGAGAACUAUGUUGGAGUUGUUGAACCAGCUUGAUGGAUUCGAAGCUACUAAGAACAUUAAGGUCAUCAUGGCUACCAACAGGAUUGAUAUCCUAGACCCUGCCUUGCUCAGGCCUGGUCGUAUUGACAGGAAGAUUGAGUUCCCCCCACCAAACGAGGAGGCUCGUCUUGACAUCUUGAAGAUUCAUUCUAGGAAGAUGAACCUUACUAGAGGAAUCAAUCUGCGUAAGAUUGCCGAGUUGAUGCCUGGAGCAUCUGGUGCUGAGGUGAAGGGUGUAUGUACUGAGGCUGGUAUGUACGCUCUCCGUGAACGCAGGGUCCACGUCACUCAGGAAGAUUUUGAAAUGGCCGUAGCUAAGGUUAUGCAAAAGGAUUCCGAGAAGAACAUGUCUAUCAAGAAGCUUUGGAAGUAAUUCAUAUAUUUUUUAUUGUAUGCUAUGUCUUAGGAAAUUAAUAAGUUUUUUAUAAUUAAAA